UCUGCUGUAGUCCUCUCGGUACGUCUCUAACACCACACAUAGCUGGUGUAUCUAACACGGACGGCGAUGAAGAAACCGUGCUGCAUCCUCACGCUGCUGGCCUUGUUCUGCCAGAGCCCGCAGGCUUUUGUCCCCAUCAGCUCUAGCCAGCCCCGCGCAAGACUCGCAUCGGCGGGAUCCCACCGCCUCUCGCGAGAAGCCCGGGCAUCACCUCUGUCAUCAUGUAACAUCGAGGGCCGCGGCGGGAGAACAGCCGUACAACCGACGAGGCGGCGAAAUCGAGGAAGGGGGGGCACGGGUAAGAGCAGGACAGCCACCGGUGGCGUCCGCGAGUUGAGGGCCGGGUUCGACCUGCCCGGGUUGGGGGCCUUGCUGGAGCAGAGCACGCGGCACCACAUCCCUUCAGCCUUCACCGGCGGAACUGUGGGCGUCCUCGGCACGCUGUCGGCGAUUCAGCUCAAGAUCAACGAAGUGAAGGAACUCACGGCUUGCCCCUACUGCCGGUCCACGGGGCAGCUCCCGUGCGCGACUUGCUUCGGCGUGGGUUCGAUAUCCGUGCUGGACACCGUGGCGUCCUCGAACGAGGUGACCACGACGACGCUCACGUGCCCGUCCUGCCGCGGGAAAGGUUUCAUAACGUGCGUCAACUGCAAGGGCGACGGCCGCGGCGUGCCGCUCUUCCUCAACAAGAAGGUGUCGAGGGACCCCGAGAGCGAGAUCGAGGACGUGGGUUACGCAUAACCUGCUGUGUAUCCCUCGAACGAGAAAACAUGUUUGUCAUGGUUGAAUUGAGGGCGUAGUGGCGCGAGGUCCGGCUUGCGCUGAUC